AUGGAAGUGAAGUUAAAAUCAAAAAUUAAGGCGGAGGAUUUAAUUAAUGUUGAGUGUUCCAUUCCAGAGAAAUUGGAAAGGUUUUAUAAAGUCUUGACUGGAGGUAAAGAUAUUCGUCAAAGAGAUGGUAUCAAUUGUGACAGAUUGACUAAUUCAAUGGCCUCAGACGCUAUUUUUUGUAUCAAUAGUGGAACUGUUAAACCGUCUAAACACAUAACACUUGGUUUGACUAUAAAAAGUCUUACAAAUAGUCGAAAACUUAUUAAUAUUUUAAAUAGAUUUGGACAUUGCUACAACUAUAACACCCUGGAAGAAUUUAAAACUGAAGCAAUUGUAGCAUCUGUUGAUUGUUCACAAAUAAGUUCUCCAUUAAUAUGUACAGGUGUGGCAUUCUAUAAUUUUGAUAGAUUCGUCGAUACCCUAAAUGAAAAAGAAACUUUACCCGACACUGUUGGAAUAAUAUAUCAAAAUAUUGAUAAUCGUGCCCAAGAAGAAUUGAAUGUGGAUAAUGCCAGGACCAUAAAAAAAAAAGAAGAAGAACCUUUGAUGCUAUUUCAAGUUUUAGAAAACAACGAUAUACCUGAAGACAACUCUGACAAUGAUGAAAGCAAUGAUCACAAUGAAAGUAGUGACGAUGAUGAUGAUGAUGACUUUGAAGAUGGUUUAUUUUAA